AUGACAGAGAGUGUAGCGACCUCCAACGAUGCUGAUGCUGCUGCUCAGCGGGCCUCGGAGCAGGCACGCCUGCGAAAGGAACGGCGGGAGGCCAAACUGAAAGCUGGCGGCUCUGCCCGGCUCAACAAGAUCACGGGGAUGGGCGGCCGCCCACAGGCAGACUUCGACCCCCCGCCCCCGGCAGCUGCAGCAUCCGAGUCUAUUACGCCGGCACCAGCUGCUCCCACGACCGCAGCAAAGGCUGCGGACGCAACUGCUGACCCCGACGAGGUAGACAUUUCCGAGCACUUUUACGCCCCCAAGACCACCGCCAGAACAAACGAUGUUCCUCCCGCUGGAGCUGAGCCGAACAUCUCCGAGGCUGCGUUGCGCCAGAUGAUGCUGGGCUUCGACCCCACCGCCGGCCAAAACGGUCAGAACCCAGCUGGGCCAGGCAUUCCUGGUGCGGAGGAGGACCCCAUCAUGAAGAUGAUGAGCCAGAUGAUGGGAGGCGCGGGAGGCCCAGGCGGGAUGCCCCAGUUCCCCUUUGGCGGAGACGGGUCGUCUUUCCCAGACCUGAGCAGCUUCUCCAACCUCCAGCAGGAAAAGAAGCCGCAGCCCCUCGACACCUACACCGCCCUCUGGCGCCUCCUCCACGCCCUCGUCGCCCUCGGGCUCGGCCUGUACAUUGCCGUCCUCACCCCGUUCACCGGCACCAAGAUGGAGCGGGAGCUGGCCGCCCUCUCGGACGAGGAGAACCUGCACCGAAAGGACUUCUUCUUCUGGGUGUUCGCCACGGCCGAGGCGUGCCUGCUCACCACUCGAUUCUUCCUCGACAAGGGCCGGGCGCCACCGCCCGGGAUCGUGCAAACGGUUGUGGGAUUCCUGCCCGAGCCGUUUAAGGGGUAUGUGCAGGUGGCGUUGCGGUACGGCCAGAUAUUCACUACAGUGAGGGCGGAUAUCCUGGCUUGCAUGUUUGUGCUUGGGGUCUGUUCAUGGUGGAGAGCAAGAGAAUUGGAGUAA